CAAAUUUCAAACGUCAACUGGAAUCGAUAAACGAGCUGGUAGCCAAAAGGAGACGGUGCCCAGUAGCCGCACUUACGAAAAGUGCUGCGCUUUGACACGGAAUUACACGGUGUGGACGUUAGUUUUUGGGAAUAGUCUGCUUUGGUAACAUGAGAGUGAGUGAAGUCCAUGCUGCGGAGUCUGUUGCCUACCUCAACAGAGCUCUGGGCAAGUUACGGGAUAUAUGGGAAGAAAUGGGAAUUUCAGAGGAUCAACGCCUCCAGAGAACUAAUGUGGUUCACAGGCACAUCAAAGGUAUGCUGGACUUAAUGAUAGUCGAAGAAGAGGAGCUCAAAAAGCGAGUCAUGAAAAACAUUGAAUCCUACCGCAAAGAACUUCAUCUACUGUGCAGUGAACUUCAGAUGCCCCCCUUUGAGGAGGAAGAGGGCUGCACUAUGUUGCAGCUGGAGAAGAACAACCGCACUCGUCUGGAGCAGAUGAAAGAGCAGAAGAGGCAGAGAAUGGACAACCUCAAGAGUCUUGUUGGCAAAGACCGCGAACUAUGUGACAUCAUGUGCACCACCCCCUUCAGCAUCGACCGCGAGUCAGUUCCAUCCCUGAAGCAACUAGAUGACUACCGUGCCCAUGUUAAUGCCCUCACCGAGGAAAAGGACCGUCGUCACGAAGAAUUUGUGAGUGUCAAGAAGGAGAUAAUUGCAUGCAUGGAUGAUCUGGAGCGUCAGGCUGAGACUGCCUUUGAAAAGGACGUGAUGUACGAGAACGAGGAGGCCUUCUGUCUCUCCACCGACAACAUCGGCGCGCUGAAACAACUCCUUGGCCAGCUGCGAGAGCGCAAGGCGGAGAAUGUUGUGCUGUGCACAGCGCUUCGCACUAAAGCUCGGGAACUGUGGGACAGGCUGCAGAUCCCCCUGCAGGAGAGAGAGAACUUGUCCGAGCACAUGAUCAAGUCCAAGAAGAGCAACAUUGAGGCACUCCAGGCUGAGGUCCAGCGUCUUGAACUGCUCAAACUACAGAGUAUGAAAAGUGUCAUCGAGGCCGUCAGGAAUGAGAUCUUGCUUUACUGGGAAACGUGCUUCUACAGUCAAGAACAGCGCCAGGCUUUUCUUCAUUAUCAUGACGAGGACUUCACCGAGGAGCUUCUCAACCUGCACGAGGCAGAAGUCAACACUUUGAAGAGCUACUUUGAAGACCACAAAGAACUGUUUGAAGGCGUCGCAAAAUGGCAGGAGAACUGGGCCGUGUAUUUGGAACUAGAAAGGAAAGCUAAUGAUAUGUCCAGGUUCAACAACAGAGGUGGGAACCUUUUGAAGGAGGAGAAGCAGCGAAGUGACCUGCAGAAAAGUUUGCCCAAGCUUGAAAAGACUCUGAAGGCCCAAAUAGAUUCUUGGGAGCAAGAGCAAGGCAAAGAGUUCUUUGUCAAUGGACAGAAGUUUCUGGAUUAUGUGCAGCAGCAGUGGGAGCAGCACCACAGCGAGAAGGAGAAAGAGAAAAUGGAACGGCAACUGAAGAAGAGCAGACAGACUCAGGAGGACAUGUUGUACGGAACUGCUGUGAGGACGCCAUCCAAAAGGCGCAUCGUCGGAAACGGCACACCAGGCAAACAAAGAAAGAUGGGAACGUCGACCAUCUCCACGCCAGUCAGCUUCCUCGGUUCAGGCUUUGGGGGAACUAUGUGCCAGUCUUCCAUACAGAGGCCACCUCUGUCUGCCAGUAAGGGUCUUGGCCUGCGAACCCCCGGGCACUCAAAGGUCACCCGCGCACUUGAGCGCAACAAGGAAAACCUUCACCGAAAUACUCCAUGUGGUGCACUCAGGUCUCAGGAUACUCAAGAUUGCACCUUUAAUGCCGUCGCUGGCUCCUAUUCGGAAUUUGCGCGGGACCUGUCAAAGGCUUCCAAAUCGAAUGUGAAGUCCGGACUGCUCAACUCGACUGUCAGUCAACAGUGACCAAAGUCUUCCAGCUCUGCUGUUUGUGUGGAGAAACUUUUCGAAUGCAUUUUUUUCCCCCCAACCCAA